ACUUAAAAUGUAUUGUUAAUAUGACUACACAUUGCGGAGUUUGUUGAGAUAACUCAUUAUUUCAUGUUUAUUGUUUCUUAAAAAAUAAAAAGCUUUUUCAACUUAGAUUUUCAAGUCAACUGAAAUCACCAGAGUAAUUUAAACCGCGCAGGUGCCCUCAACGUCUUUUUUUAACGUGCGGUACGUCAGCGCAGGGGGCGUGUCUUCAGGAUAGAGGGCGUCCGUGAGGUCCGCCAUUUCAUGCUGGAGACAGUUCUCAAAUCUGGCGAGUUGAAUCUGGCGGGCAUUUUACCUUUUCGGGUUGUGAUCUGAGGGUGUGAGUGCUGUUAAUGCAUGAAGUGGAAAUGUAAGCUUUGCACUUACUUCACAAACAAUCGUCGAAAAAUACUUGGACAUUACAGAUCAAGCCACUCUCAUUACGGAGGACGAGUACCGAUUCCUUGUAUUUACAGUGACUGUGUGUGCUCUUUUAAGUCACACAAGGCUCUUGGAAUACAUGUGAGACAACAUGGAUUUUGCUACGGUGAAAAAGUGAAUUUUAGAGUCAGAUGUCUGCUAUGUGCAUUUAGUCAACCUGCAAAUCAUAAACAAUACUUUUGUCAUCUUAACACUCAUUUAAAAAACAAGGAAACUGUCACCUGCCCAUUUAAUGGUUGUAAUUUUAAGUCAAAAGUUUAUUCCAGUUUUACCUCUCACAGAAGUCGAUAUCAUGCCUUGGAUUUUUUACAAAAUUUUAAAGCAGAGCUUCUUUAUGGCUCACCACAUGGUGAAAACUCUGAUCCCCUAUUAGACACUGGUGGGUAUUCUUCUAAUAACACUGAGUCAGCUGUUCGUGAUAGUUUUGAUUUUCAGUCUGAUGAUGAUGAGGAUGCUGCUGAUGAUGAAGAAGAGCGAGGUAGCAUUGGUGACAAAAUUAGGAAUAGACUUGCAUCUUUGCUUCUACGAAUGCAAGCCAUCUUGCAUGUAUCUAAAUCAGCUACCCAGGAAAUAAUCAAUGAACUUCACGAAAUUGGAAUUUUAGCAGGUGACCUGUCAAAAAAAACUGCAGAAAACAUUUUUACAGAGCUCAGUUGUAAUAUAGAUGAGGCCACACUAAAGUUGUUAAAGGAAAGCUUACAGGAAACCAAUCCUUUUAGUUGUCUGUCACAGAGUGGACCACUGGGAACUGAAUACAAAAGACAGUUGUUUUACAAGGAAAGAUUCAACGUAAUUGAGCCAACUGAGUAUGUGUUAGAUCCUUUACUUAACAAAACAUUUGUUUAUGUUCCAAUUUCAGGUGUGUUGCCAGCAUUGUUGAACAAGUGUGAUGUAAUUGACAAAGUUUUAGAGGAAACAAAUCUACCAUCGCUCUCUGCUUGGUACCUGGAACACCUCAGAUGCUAUGAAGUCUGCAAGAACCACUCUGCAAAGCUGCUUGUAGUCCAGCCAGAGGAGCUCAAUGACUACUUCCCCCUGUCAGCGUAUAUGGUGAAAGGCAGACUUCUGAUCUCUCCAAAAGGGUUUCUGCUCCAUUGAGAUUCCAGUGUACAAAAUGUUGCUAAGAAUCAUUAUAAACAAGGAUGAUAUUAGGAAGAUACAAACUGACAGUGAGCCAGAGACUCUUGAUUCCUUUUAUUCUUUUUUGAAAUGCAAGCUUGGAUUGGGAGGUGACUUUGUAGUUCAAUUUCAAGAUCCAGACUUUGGCAAUGAGUUCUGCAACUUGUCAAGCUUGUCUGAACUUCCAAAAGAGAAGGCCACUUUAAAGGUAAUCCUCAAGCAAAUCCCAGAGUCCCCUCAGACUGACUCAACGUUGGACACGGCAAGUCUCUCGUCGCCCUCAUCAUCUUCCAUGGAGGACAGUCCUUCCUGCCGUCGGCCAUGGCCUGACCCUUUUGUGAUUCCAAAAUUCUCAUACGAUGUGGAAUUGAAGCUUAAACGUGGUAAUGAAGCCUACCAGGAGAAUGGAACCCUUCUGAUUACAAAUAAAGACACUAAAUCUGAGAUACUUGAAAAAUUGGCUGAAGAAAUUUACAAAUACUCAGCAUACCCAUCUCGAGAGCAGUAUGACAUUGUUGCACAGAGCCUUGUUAAGAAACAUCCUUGCCUGAGAGAGCCUGGAUCUGUGAAGGGGUGGUACUGCUGGAAGUUCAGUUUAAAGUUUAAAAUGGGAAAUUACCGCAACAAGCUUCGUGUGUCUGGAUGUUCAGAGCUAACAGUGAAUCGCCGAAAUUCAGGACCAAAGCAGAAGCUCAAGAAAGCUAAAAAGUCUGAAGUCAACUUUCUUCCGGAUGUUCCUGAAGGCAAAACGCAGAAUGUGCUGGAAGAGGAGAGGGCAGCCAUUGUUGCAGAGAUGAAGAAGAAGAAAGUUGAUUGGAAGAAAGUUACUGACAUGAUGGCCAGCACAUUCCCUCUGCGACGAAAAGAAAUAGUUGAAGAACAACCACUUGUGGCAGAAGUGAAGGCCAAGUGGCCAGCUUUGUUCACAGAUACACAGAUUGAGGCUGAAUUUGCUCGACUAACUUCCACUGACCUGUGGGACACGUUUGUUUCUGGGCUGGAUCAGUAUAUGGAAAGAUUCUUGCAGAUGUUUAGGGCCAAGAGUCACUGCAUUCAAGCACUUAGCAGCCUCCUGUCUCUGCUUGAUGAUGAUAAUUCAGUUCAAAAGAAAAGGGCAGUCAUUCUGAGAGGCCUGCCACAUUUUCUCAGGGAGGAUCCAUCCAAACUUCUAAAGAUUGCUGAGACUACAGAGAGUGAGGAGCAGAUGGCAAAAGGAGUAAGUAUUGGUGUCUUUCUGAUACAAGAAGAGGAGGACGUCAUUGACUUUUCAGUGGUACUGGAAGAGCAGAUCAUCCUGAAUGGCAUUACUGACUUCCCCCAUGCGGUAGCUAUGCUUGUUGGUCUGUUAUUCACACUUAAUAUUGACUACCCCAAGGAACUGCGCUACACCUUCGAGGUCAUUCAGAAGGUUUUAAUGAACAUUGGAGGUGAACAGUGUUCUGCUAGGGUUCACGGACUCAGAAACAGACUCUUGUGUAAAACUCUGUAGGUGGUAAAGCAGUCAGUGGAUAUCCCAAGAGUGUGCUGUGUUUAUCUGAAACAUACAUGUGCUUAAACUGAGCAUAAUAUUUUUUUCUGAAAUGUUAAAGGCUACAUGCAAAGUUCUAUAUAAUUGAAUUGAUCGUUCAGAGUGGUUUGAAGGGAUUCAUUAUAGAGAAAUUUACAGGCUUAUUUUUUUAUUUAUUUAUUUUUUUUAAAUGGUCAUAUUUUUCUUAGCUAUCCAUACCUCCCGUAGCUUAUAUUUAGGUUGUGUUGUAAUAUUUUAUUUAGUUAGAAUUAAGGUGCUAAUAGAUGUAUUAUUCAAUCUCAUUUGGCCACUCUUGACUUCUUUACUUUUUUUCUUUAACAAAGUAUAAUUGCCAAGUUCCAUAAUGUAAGAGUUUAUUCUGCAAGGUCUGUUGGACUGUAUUCUGGAUACUAUGUAAGUUGAUUUCUGGUAUUCAUGGUUCCUGUUUGAGCAAACAUGCUUGUAGUUAUUAUUUUUGUUGUUUCAGAUAAAGAGUUUUAGCUCUACACUGCUGCACAACUUGAUAAAAAAAAAAUUCAGCCAAUUUAGGUGAAAGUAGGGCUGAGUGGUAUGAUAAAUAUUUUAUUACAGGGAUUGCAAUGGUCCAGCUACUAAUCCGUGGAUCAGUCCCGGGUAAUGCUGCUUACCAUUGGCAGACAGAGCCUCAGAGAGUACAAUCGGCCUUGCUCUCUCUGAUGGGGGGGAGACAGAGCUCCAUAUAAUCACCCGCUCAAUGUUUGUGAAUUAGUAACCCAAUGAUGCUGUUCAAACAGUUCAAAAAGAACCAGUGUCUGACCUAUGUUAUAUAGGAGGCAUGUGUUAGUCUUCACCCUUCUAGUGUGGGUGGGGUAAUUGAUUUUUCUAAAUUGGCAAUGCAUUAAUAUUAUUUUCCAUCAGAAAAAUGCAUAGUAGUGGCAGAUUCUUAAACAAUGUGCUGCACUUAGACUAAUUAUAACUGUAAUCAAACGUGCAAUUGGUCAGGGUGUUUUUAGUACUGAUGAAAUGUACAUUAUACACAGAUGCGUAUUAUUGCUAAUUUUAUGAUUAUACAAUGAAAUAUUGUCAUAUUGCUCAGCUCAAAGUUGUUAGCUUUCAACUAGAAUGGAUCAAACUUUUCACAAGCACAUAUAAGCUGUUAUAGGCUGUUUUUUUCCCCAACUGAGUUACUGAAGUUGUGUGCUGUUGUACAACUUAUUGUAUGUGACACUGUUAGUCAUUAGCACUGCUAGAAAAAUCUCUGUAUUCUUCCAAAUUCUGCUUAUGACUUGUACAUUAGCUAAAUUUAACUAGUAACUUUCUUACAAUUUGUGUUUUAUAAUUUAAUAAUUUAUUUUGGAUUGGACUGAGCAGGCUGUUUUUCCUUGUUUAUUAAACUUCUGAAAGUGU